GAGGCAGCCCGCGCCAUGAGCAGCACGGCAGUGGUCCCCAGCGCGCCAGGCCCGGGCCCAGGCCCCAGUGGCGGGCCAGGCGGCGGCACCGAGGUGAUCCAGGUGACCAACGUGUCCCCGAGCGCCAGCUCAGAGCAGAUGCGGACGCUCUUCGGCUUCCUGGGCAAGAUCGACGAGCUGCGCCUCUUCCCGCCGGAUGACUCACCUUUGCCAGUCUCCUCUCGUGUCUGCUUUGUUAAGUUCCAUGAUCCAGACUCAGCAGUUGUGGCACAGCAUCUGACAAACACUGUGUUCGUUGACAGAGCUUUGAUAGUCGUACCAUAUGCUGAAGUAUUUCAUGGUUCUAUCAAAGCAGCAGUAAAAAAAAAAUACUCUUGACGCAUGAAAAUUAACUGUUCUUUUCCCUGGUUCAGCCUGAACUAUAUACCAGGCCCUGCUGAAAAUACCACCCAACAGUUUUCUUCUGCAGCUUAUCCAGUUUCUCUUAAGUGCCCUGUACAUAUUGUAUGUUUUAUGAUGAGAUGCAGUUUCUUAAUAUGUAUUACAGAAAUACUACUGGUAUUUGCAAAUAUGUAGUUUAAUUGUAUUAUUGAACUCUCAUUUUGGGGGCUUGGGCACAUUAACAGAUUAAUCCAUCUGUAUAGGGCUUUUGCUGUUGGAUAGAAUUUAAAUUGUCUACAUAAAUAAUUUGUCUUAGGACCUUUAGAUUUUAUCUGAAUACACAGAUUAGGCUUUAAAAGCAGGCAUACAUGUGGUUUUGGGCUUAAGGAGUUUUGAACAAGUUAGAUGUUGAACUGACACUAUAUAGCAACAUUUUUUGAUACGGUUAGCAUGGCACAUAUUGGAACCUAAAGCAUUUUACUGUACAGGUAAGGAAUGUGCCAUGUUUUACCUAUUCUCUCUCUCUCUCUCUCUCUCUCUCUCUCUCUCUCUCUCUCUCUCUCUCUCCCCCUCCCCUUCUCCCCCUCCCUUCCUCUCCCCUCCUUUCUCUCUGCGUCCCCUUCUCUUUCUCUCUACCUCUCUCUCCCUCCCUCUCCUCUUUACUCCCCUUACACACAUUUCCCCUGUGUAUUCAGAGACCUUCAGAAACAUUCAUAUUCAUGUCAUGAGUCAGCAAAAGCCCUACUCUUGAUUCCAACAGAAUAUUUCCUUUACAUACUUUCCUUCUUUUAAUUUUUACAAAAUUUGUAUGGUAGGUGUAAAGAAAAUCAUAGUAACUGUACCAUAUUAUUAACCCCUAAAUCAAACUUUUUUUGUCUUGUGUAUCUUGAUUUUUCUGUGUGCUUUAUAGUGAAGCAGCCGACACGAGUCGUUGUUCAUAAAACAGCUUUUGAAAGUUGAGAGCACACCCCUGGAGAACCGACUGUGCUUGCUUACGUUUGGUUCAUGACUUAAAAAUCGAGUACAGGAGUUAUUCCUGAUGAGACUAAGGCUUUGUCUCUAUUGGCACCAGCUAAUGCAGUGGCAGGUCUUCUGCCUGGUGGUGGACUCCUGCCUACUCCCAACCCACUUACCCAGAUUGGCGCUGUUCCCCUGGCUGCGUUGGGAGCUCCAGCUCUUGAUCCUGCCCUUGCUGCUCUUGGGCUUCCAGGAACAAACUUGAACUCUCAGUCCCUUGCUGCAGACCAGCUAUUGAAACUUAUGAGUACUGUUGAUCCCAAAUUGAAUCAUGUAGCAGCUGGUCUUGUUUCACCAAGUCUGAAGUCAGACACCUCUAGUAAAGAAAUAGAGGAAGCCAUGAAGAGAGUGCGUGAAGCCCAGUCCCUGAUUUCUGCCGCGAUUGAGCCAGACAAGAAGGAAGAAAAGAGAAGACAUUCGAGAUCAAGAUCACGCUCGAGGAGGAGAAGGACCCCCUCAUCCUCCAGACACAGGCGGUCACGAAGCCGGUCAAGGAGGCGGUCACACUCCAAAUCCAGGAGUAGAAGGAGAUCCAAAAGUCCAAGACGGAGGCGAUCUCAUUCCCGAGAGAGGGGUAGAAGGUCAAGGAGCACAUCCAAAGCCAGAGACAAAAAGAAAGAAGAUAAAGAAAAGAAACGUUCCAAAACUCCACCAAAAAGCUACAGCACAGCCAGACGCUCUCGGAGUGCAAGCAGAGAGAGAAGACGACGGCGAAGUAGGAGUGGUACAAGAUCCCCUAAAAAGCCCAGGUCUCCUAAAAGAAAGCUGUCCCGCUCGCCGUCCCCAAGGAGACAUAAAAAAGAGAAGAAGAAAGAUAAGGACAAAGAAAGAAGCAGAGAUGAAAGGGAACGAUCAACAAGUAAGAAGAAGAGGAGCAAGGACAAGGAAAAGGAGCGAGAGAGGAAGUCUGAGAGUGACAAAGACAUCAAACAGGUGACUCGGGAUUAUGAUGAAGAGGAGCAAGGCUAUGACAGUGAGAAGGAAAAGAAGGAGGAAAAGAGACCAACAGAAGCAGUGUCCCCUAAAACAAAGGAGUGCUCUGUGGAGAAGGGGGUGAGCGACCUUCGAGAGUCCAAAGUGAACGGAGAUGAUCACCACGAAGAAGACAUGGAUAUGAGUGACUGAGCACAAGGCUGGCUGCAGAUGGUCCUCAGUGUCAUUCCUUGUGAUCUCUAAUGCUGUGUGUGUUCAUCUCACCUAGGUGUAUACAGCUGCACAUUACCAAUGGCUUCAGAACACCUGAUUGUGACCUCUAGUGCUUUAUAGCAAAAGCUAUAAAGUGGUACCCGGGUGACCAGCAUUGCCAUGGUUACAUCCAUUUGCGUGAUCAAGCAGCUGUGCAACUGCUGCUUCUAACACAGAUGAACAGCUGCAUGCAUCUCCAGCAGGCAUGGAUUGUCUCUUGUCUAUGAUCCUCAGUGCGUUCACUUAGAAUAUUUCUAGAGUUUGAGUCCUUGCCGUGAUAGAGCCAUGUAGGGAAUGCACUGAUUGCAUGUUACCCCAAACGUCAUGAAACUUUCUGACACGGUGACCUAUUUAAUGGUCUUGUUUGUUGACAUGACAAAUUAACAUUCUUAGAGUUACAUCUGAAAAAAAGCAUUUGUGAUAGAUAAGCCUUUUGAGCCUUGUGGCUAAAUUUUUGUGGCUUUGUUUAACUUUCAAAGGUUAUAUAUGCACUAACCUUUUUUGAUGGCUAAGUAGGCUUUAAAUUACAGUAAAAUUUUUUCAAAGAAAACUGGCUGUAAAAUAUGAUGUUUUGAAUUAGUUGUUCACUUUUUCAUAGCUACUUAUGUUUUUUUUCCCCCCAAUAAUUUAUUUCACAUCUCUACCAGUGAACGCAGCCCAUCACUAGAAAAUGACCUUGUCCUGAUUUUCAGUUUUCAACUUUAUUAGUUUUAAAGCUCAUUGUUGAACAAGAAGUGGUGGUGCAUUUUAAAUUGACCUUCAUGUGCUUUUAAAAUACGACAGCUCUCCUUGAUAAUGUCCUUUUAUUUGAUCUCAAGUUGUAAAAAACCAAUAAACUUGUGUUACUUUGAUUGCAGUAGUAUCUUAUGCACAGUGAUUCCAUGUUAUACUAGGUAGGCAACUGUUUUCUUAGUUACAAGCUUUACUUUUGUGCAGUUAAACAAAAGUAGGCUACAGUCUGUGCCAUGUUGAUGUACAGUUUCUGAAAUUGUUUUACAAGACUUUGAUAAUAAAACCCUUAAACUCACAA